AUGUCUACAUUGAUGAAUCAAUAUUCCAUGAGUAAACUCAAUCCUGCUGGUCCAGGAUUUAAUGAACGAGGAGCAAAUGCUUCGAUUGCAUCGUCUCCAGGAGGCUCUACGUCAGCAGACAGAAAGCAUUCCUUUGGGUUCGAUGAUUUAUUAACUGCAGGCAAUAUCGGUUUAAAUAAUCUAACCACUUCUCCACAAGCAAAAUCACAUUCAGCACCUGCUUCCAUAUAUUCACUAUCAAAUUCAUUUUUGAAUAAUCACAAAUGUGAUAAUGGGUAUUCUUUAAAUGUCAAUUUUUCCGCAUUAGAAAACUUUAAAAAUAACUUGGAACUACCUCCUUUAAGACAUUUAAGAUUACUUCCUGAUCCAAGAAUACAAGAAUAUGCUUAUAAUUAUCCAGAUACUUCUGAAAAUACGCCAACUUGGAAGAAAAAUUUAGUUGCUUGGUGUAAACAAAAAAAUUACCAAGAUUAUGUUAAAAUUGUAAAUGAAACAUCUUUUGCUAGAUUUUCAUCGACUCAAACGAUUCCAAGUGUAUUAAAACCAUUUGAUGCUUUCCAAAAUUUAACAAACAAUCCAAAUACUUAUGCUGAUCUAGGCCCUGUGACUCCACCUAUGAGUCCGAAUAUUAAAAAACUAGAUGUACCAACUCAUAGAAAAAGAAGGCAAAGCAUCACUAAACCUACUGACACUGAGACUGAAGUUACAGGGAAUGUCUUUAAUCCAGUAAUUAGUCCAAAAUUAAUUCAACUUGUUAAAACACAAUAUCUAGAAAUGUCUGAUAAUAAAAAAAAUGUUAAUACUGGAAAUAACAAAAUUGAGCGCAACCUAGCAGCCGAUUAUAAUAAACAUUCCCAAAGACAUAAGAAAACUAACAGUUUUAAAGCCAAACAAUUAAAACAAUUGCUAGAUAAUAGAGAUUUACUAAAUAAUACCGGGGCUACAGUGACGAAACUAACAGGUAUCGAUUUUGAUAAAGCAAGAAGAAGAUCAAACAAUUUGGAUAGAGUAGAGAAGCCAAUUUUAAAAGAAACUGCAUCAAAUCAUUCAUUGAAUAAACCACGUUCUAGGUCACUUUCAUUGUCGAGAAAGGCACGUCCAACUAUUUCGCCAACAAGGAAUCUGGUGAUGAAAGUUGACAAUUAUCAAAAUAGAGGAAGUAGGGGUAGCAGUGGUACUGUGACUCCUAGAUCAUCUUCCCCGAUUAGAACUAGUCCAAUUACGCCCCCUCAAAAUAUAUUGAAAUAUCGUAAAUUCAAUAUGGACUCACCACCAAAGGUCUCUGGUUACAAUGAAACAUAUACAUUAGGAGAUGUUGUACUAACGGAUAAACGAGGUAACGAAACAGCAGCAGCAACAACAAUAACAACAACAACUAGCUCAUUAAAUGUUAAACAUAAAAGUAAAUCAGUGACACCUAGAAAGAGAUCCAAUGGCAGUCCACAACACAUGCAUAUCAGGAAAUGUUUAUCAUGUAAUUCUAGUGAUUCACCAUGCUGGAGACCAUCCUGGUCAAGUAAGAAACAUGAUCAGCUAUGCAAUUCUUGUGGUUUACGAUUACAAAAAACCCGUACAAGAUGUUUAACUGAUUCAUGCAAAAAAAUUCCAACUAAGAGUGAAUUAACUAUCAUGAAAACCAAUGGUAUGAUUAAGGAAACUUUGAAUAAUGGUGAAGUAGUAGAAGGAUACAGAUGUUUAUUUUGUAAUGGAGUUGCAGAAACUGUAACUGCUCUCCAAUCUCCAACCUUCCCAAAAAAAAUCUGGAUCCCUGUGAACCGAUCUCUCCUAAAAUGA